UUCUUCCGAUCGUAGAUCUCCGUCGCGUGGAAAUGUCCAAUUUUUGCUUGUUGAACGGCACGUAUAGCCUUAUCGUAAGUUGAUGAUUGAAAGGUAGGUAGUGUAUUCUCUCUUGAUUAUCUUGCUUGGUUUCGGCAAGGUAUCUUUCUUGGCUCGUUGAAAUAUAUUUUCUUUGCUCUGCUGUUCCUGUGGUAAGAUGGGAUCUCCUGUUGCAAUGACCGACACGGAGCACUUUAGUCCUUACCGUGCGGAUGGGAAGCUGUAUGGCUUCGUGUGCAUCGUUACUGGAGCACAGCAACCUGUCGGACAUGCGAUUGUGGAAGAAUUGGCAGCUCACGGAGCUGCCUGCAUAUACGCCUGCGACAAGGGAACGAGCUCCUCAUACACAGCUCUAAUUGAGAGUGUUGCCAAGGCAUACCCGAACACGAAGGUCAUAGGAUACCCGUUCAACGUUGCAAAGGAGGAUGAAACAUUGGGAUUGAUUGACGAUGUCCUGAAUAGUUGGGGUCGUCUCGAUGUCUGGGUCUGCUCUGCAGGUCUUCUUGGUCCACCUUCCCUCGAAGCUACCACACCAGCAGAUCUGCAGAAGUGCUUUGAAGCCAAUUCCAUGGCACCGUUCUUCGCACUGAAGUAUGCGCCACCUGCGAUGGGAAAGCUAUGCUCGAAGCAAGGGUAUCCGAAUGCGGCACCUAAGGACCAGAAGUACGGAAGCAUAAUUGUGGUUAGUUCUGUUGCAAGUACAUAUGGAGGGUGUUGGGGUCCUUGCUAUACAAUGUCAUCGCAUGCAGCGUUGGGUGUUGUAAGAGCUGGUGUUGCGGUUUUGAAAGGAAGUGGUGUGAGGAUCAAUUGCAUUUCUCCGGGCCAGAUUGAUGCAGGUGUUGACCUCCAAAGCUUCGACAUGCGGGGCAUGACUGCACAAUUUCCACCUGCAAGCUUGCAGUCGAAGGAGACUCAGAAGAGGGAUAUUGGGUUGGAACGCUCUGGGUUGCCUGUUGAAGUGGGUCGUGUAGCUGGUUUCCUUGCAAGCGGCUUCAGUAGCUAUAUAACGGGUGCAAAUAUGGUAGUAGAUGGAGGUGCAUCAGUGAUGAAUCCGUUGACUGUUCCAAUUUAG